AGUCACCUUGCUGGCUUGCUCAGUGCUCAGUGUCUGUGGGGGAGUGCGGCGGUGAGGGAGUGCAUGACGGUAGCUGGGUGUCUUGUACCAGCCGAUAUAUUCAGACAAAUGACUAAAGGCGUCCCUCGCAUCAUGCACAGCUGACGGGAUCGAGCGUUGCAAGGAAUAGACCCAAGGGAAGUCGCGUUUGGGCAGAGGAGAGUGAAAGUGAGUGCGUGUGGUGUUAGUAUUCUGGAGACGCGGCGUGCGGACAGGAGAGGAGGCGUGUGCGGGGAAAGGAGCUCCUCGCUGGGGCUCGAGGGACACGUCCUCGGGUGGCGCCGCGACACCUGCUCAGCCGUAGACACACCUGCUGCUCUUCACCUGCAGUAGUGCGAGGUUUCUAAUCAUCGGUUUCUUCGGCGUCUCGUCUGCUUCCGUCCCGUCACCGUUACUGUCACUGUAUCACCGUCCCGAGUCACACGCGGAGAGACAAGACGCACGGCUAAACACACACACACACACACACACACACACACACACACACACACACACACACACACACACACACACUUUCCCUCGCCACCAGGGACUCCACGUGGUUCCAGUUCCUUGAUCUCCCUCUUCCACUACCACCACUACCACCACCACCACCACAAUGAGUAUGGAAAGACUGGGCCCCUCGUCCUCCCGGUAUGUUGACUACACGCAGCCGGGGCCGAGUGGGUACCGGGGUCCCCCCUCCGUUAGUAGCUACGAGUACUCACCCCCGCAGCGACCCCCACGCAGGGACAGAAGCCGCUCCAGGUCCAGGGACAGAGAACACUCCAGCAGAAGCGGUUACUCCAGUAGAGAGGUAUAUUACAAUCCUGGACUGGAGGAUGACCGCGCCCCCAGCGACCGUGCCGAGAGCGAGUUCACCGUCAGGAACGAGGCAGUGAUCAACCCGCAGCUGGAGGAGGAGCGACGGGCGGCGUCUAGAGCAGCCUCGGAGAUCUACGCCUCCACACGUCUGCCCAGACCACAAUCAGAGAUCAGCAGCCAAUACACGUAUCCCACCAGCGACAAGGUGAGCGUGAAGACUAAGACGACGAGGGGCGGCAAGCUGGUGAUGGAGACAAUGACGGCGCCGCAUCCCUGCUGCCCCAACACCCGCAGUGUGUGUUGCCUGAUGGUACUGCUCAACCUAGGGCUGCUGCUCAUCACCCUGGGCUUCGUGGUAGUGCUGCAGCUUUACAACCCUGCCUUCGUAUGGUACAUCGGUCUGUGCAUGCUGAUCUUCGGCUUCAUGGUGCUCUUUGGCUCGCUCAUCUACUGCGUGUUCGUGUGCCGGGAGGUGGAGAAGAUGAGACCCCCGCCGGGCGAACUCUACUGGACUAACCACUGGACCAAGACGCUCAACAUGCCGGAGAUCCACUACACCAACACGCAGUACAAGCCAAGCGACUACAAGGGUUCAGAGUACUCCUUCAAGACUGACCCGAGCAGGACCACAGCCACCAACAGCCAGCGUUACUGAUGGGAUCGUCGGAACGUGUCUCUCUUUCCCUUUAUACUGGACUUGAAUUAUUGUCCUUACGUGAUAGACAGAUCAAUCCAUGGGGGUGAAUACUGUUAUACGUACUGAAAGUGUAUAAUAUGUUUCACUCCAGCUGCGUCGUUAUUCCCAGGUACAUGAAAUGAAAUAUAGCUGCAGUUAUUUCGCCCUGAAAAAAAAAGUUUAUAAAAAAUAAAAAUAAAUAAACAGAUAAAUAAAUAAAUAAAUAAAUGCUUUAUAUUUGGCUUUCGAGAGUCCAUUGUUUUCUGAGUGAAGAAUUACUAAAGUUAUGUCCCUUGCGGCACUCCUUUCUUUGGCAACACGAGUAUCCUCAUGGCCUCACAGAUCAAUCAUCCCUGCAACACCUAUAAAAAUUUAAUGCAAGAACAUAAUCACAAAGUUUUUCUUCGUAUAAUAAUAUUGCUUCACUAAAAGUAAUGUAAGUCAUCAACAAAUUUCAGAGGCGAACAAUAAUGAAAAGAAACGUUUAUCAGUGAAGCGCCGUUGGUUGAAAGCUUCCCAACCCACGUCAACAACCUGAACUUGAACGUGGUAUUGUGUCCAGUCUUGCGCUGUCUUGAUACAUGUAUUGUUCAGACGAAAUAAAUAUAAUUAAUACCAGUGUUAUCCCAGGGAAACGUGGCUUAGUAUUAGUAUGUGUCCUUGAUCUAUGUUGAUGCAUAGUAGCAUGGGGAAACAACUCAAACAAAAUAUCAGAGGCAAGUUUAGUCACUCCAUUAGUUGAGAGUACGCAACCAAUGAAUGAUUAAUCCAUAUGACGCACUCUGCACUGAUUAACGAAAUCUUCAACUUAGAAAAAUUAGCGUAUGAUUAUGAUUUACGUAUUUCCUUUGAUUAAUUGCUUUAUAUGAAUAUACAUAUUAACACCACGUGACCCGAACCUCGUUUGACGUUUGUGAGUCUGCGCGAGGUUGUCAGGCGUCUGCCGCGUGUUGAGUGUUGACUUGUGGUAUCUUACUUUACACUACCGUUUUGUGCCUCCAUGUGCUCUUUCGGCCCAUGUACUCCUUGCCAGGUGAGAUUAUUGUGCUCUCAGACUUAGGUGUGCAUCAUAUAUAGGCUGUUCACGAGAUUGCAAGGCAGUGAGUGAGUGGCCCGUGACUCCAACAGGUAGAAGCUUGGGACCUAAACACUACGGAACAAUGCAGCUGGUAUUUCAAGGUUAGCAUGCUCAAAAGCGACUCACCAUUAUUGAUUCUAUUCCAAUAGGUCCCUGCUGAUGCACAUAGGAACCUAAAGGAAGACGCAAGAAGCCAUCAGUGUGGUGACAGUCAUUGUAUAAUGCAUAACGAUGUAUUCUUGUACCCACCAUCAGCCUUAUCCAUACAUUUGCCCUGUAUGUUAAAACUCCUUGUUGGUAUUAAUAUAUUAUAGUGGGUCUGUUUCCAGGCACCACCCAUUGUGAACCAAUUUCUGAUCAUUAGUAUUGCUUACCUCGUGCACCCCUGGCGGUAGGCAAGGGAUAGAUCUGCCUGGGUUGCUGUGGAAUGCCAGGUGUUUAUAACAGAUGUGGGGUUAUGGGUAUUUGGGGCUUGAAGAUACCUCACUUCACAGGUCCCUUCUGCCAUUAUUUCAGUAGACUGCAUCCUCAGACUACAAAAUUCUUACCUAUUUUGAUGUGUAUAUCUUGUGACUAAAGUUAUUACAGGUUCUCUUACAACUGCCUACAGGAUAUCAUUAUGCUCAGACAUGUCCCUUUAUAUUAAACCACCUUAUUUCUAUAUAUAUGCUUUCUUUUAUUAAUUUAUUACUUAAUCAUGGAAAUUCUCCAGAAUGUCAGGGCUUGAAGCUGCAGCAUUAUUAGCUUUAAUGGAAAUCUGCCUCAGCCCAGAGUGAUGGCAUGCUGGCCCAGCAGUGUGCCUUUCUGUAAGUUAUCUUAGUUGUUCAGCUGCAGUGCAUACAUAGUUUUACAUCUAAGUGUUUGUUAAAGCUAUAUGCAAUUUGUAUUGUGUAUAUGUUGUGUUCUGUCUGAAGAAUGUUUAAGUUCAUUGGGUUAAUCAUGUUGUUAAUUAAACUUUUUAGGAACUUUGAAUUCCUUAUUAAUGGGCAUUGCUUUGCUGAACUUUUUUUCUUCUUAUUGCUGUUUUAAUGUAAGAAGUGUAAUUGUCUUUCUCUUUUAAUCAGCAUAUCAGCAUGCCAGGGGUUGUGGUGCAUAUGACAGUAAAGAAAUGAUCUGUCAGUAGAGUACUUUUUUUUUCAGAACACUGAAAAAUACUACCUAGUCCACUUUCCCAGUGCAUUUAUUGAUAUUAUAAUGACAAGAUAUAUUUGUCCUCCAGAUAUGAAUAUAACUCAUUGGGGAAUGAAAACUUGCAAGUUUUCUAGCUGUAUUACAACAGAGGAUAUGAAAUUAUUUGUCACAUUUCAUUUUGCAAGAAAUGGCCAGUAAUAAGGAAAUGUUCCUAAAGAACUUUUAAACUAAACUAGGUUAAAUUAAACUAAGUUUAAUAUGAAGUGUAAAGCAACAUUAAUUACAUGUGUGCCAGGAUGAUUUAAGAACUUGUAAAGAUGGAACAAAGUGAAGGUAUUUAAACACACUAACAUGACACUAUAAACUGUGCAAACAUUUUUCAAAUGUUGUUAGAAUAUUAGAAGAAGAUGACAUCCUGAACACAUCUCAUGUCAUGCUUUUCCCUAAACCAUUUAAAUCCAAUGCAUUAAUAUUAUUACUUUCAUAUAUUUGCAUUUCUUUGAUCAUUUGCAUCACCAACAGAUCUCCUAGUCACACACCUAAGGAUCUAACAUGGGCUAAACAAUUAGCUGUAUGUAUUACCAUAUGUAUAUGAUGUUUUGAAAACUGAUUUGUUUAAUUUAUGUGUGUUCUUUGCAAGAAUAUCAUUGCAGAUCCCAUGUUUUCUUAUUCUGGUAAUUAUGAUCUUGUGCCAUAUAUUUGUUUCAUAUUCUUACUUCUUAGGAGUUAUUUUAUUGCUGCAAUAUUUUUUUUCAUGAUAUAAAACAGUGUUUAUGACGAUACUUGCUGGUAAAGUUUUGUCGUUUUGAAGUUACACAGUUGAAAUGCAAUAGUUUAACAAGGUGGGAAGAUAGAUGGAUUGAAAUGUUAGCAAGUAUUCAUUUUGAGCACCUAAUGAUCAAUAAAAGGAGGAAUCUUUCAGCUUGAAAUAUGUGAAGAAUGAUUUUUAUACUAUAUUUUGGUGUAUGAUUAUAAUUUGAUUAUCACAUUUUCUGUAUAUACUAUUUUUUUUAUGCAAAAUCUACUGCAUGUAGUGCUUAUGUAAAUAUAUUACAGAAACAUUUUC